AGGAGGGAAGGGGCCAGUGGACUGGACUUGAGUCGGGGUCCUUUUAGGGUGCAGCAGCAGCCGCACUCCUCCUCUUUCACGCUCUUCUUUCUCUCUCCCCGUCAAUCGAAAAUCUGUUCUCUCUGAAUUCGCGCAGUCGAUCAGCGUUUAACUCAACCCCACCAUGAGGGCCAAGUGGAAGAAAAAACGUAUGAGGAGACUGAAGCGCAAGCGCCGUAAGAUGAGACAGAGAUCCAAAUAGGCUGUCUGCCAGUCGAGGAGUUUUAGCUUACUGUAGCCAGCAGCAGCGUUUUGGAGCUGCCCACUUACGCCACAAGAAGCCAUCACUUAGACUGGUAGACAAUCUUCAUCGCUGGAUGGUAUUAAAGAAUUUCAAUGCGCGUUUCAAUCGGCUUGCUUGGGGGACCUCUUACAGUGAGUCGCAUUCGACGUGCAAGAAAACGAGCAGCUGCAGGAAUGGAGCGUCUCUGAUACGUUUGAAAUUUGGACUUGCCACCGGCAUUUGGACUUCGUUUCCAAAAAUGUAUACUUGGGGAGCAGACUUCAAGGCAAUUUUACUUAAUUUGCUUCUGUUUUUCUGCUUCGUCGGGAAAAACAAUUACAUUGUAAGAUGUGAGUUUUUGAAAGAAUUUCGCACUUUGACACUGUCGAUGAUUCAUU